GUUCACAUCCUGGAGAUGUACGAAGGCUGGUACCGAGGAUACACACUCCGGAAUAAAUCCAGGAAGGGCAUUUUCCCAGAAACUUACAUCCAUUUGAAAGAGGCCAUCGUGAAGGACCGGGGGCAGCACGAGACGGUGAUUCCCAGUGAGCUGCCCCUCGGCCAGGAGCUGACGGCCACACUGCGGGAGUGGGCAGUGAUCUGGCACAGGCUGUACGUGAACAACAAAACCACACAGUUCAGGCAUGUCCAGCAGCUCACCUACAGCCUGAUAGAGUGGAGAUCCCAAAUCCUCUCCGGGACCCUGCCCAAGGAUGAACUGGCUGAGCUCAAGAAAAAAGUCACUGCCAAGAUUGACUAUGGCAACAGGAUCCUGGGUCUGGACCUGGUUGUCCGAGAUGACAAUGGGAACAUCCUGGACCCAGAUGAGACCAGCACAAUCUCCCUCUUCAAGGCCCAUGAAACUGCAUCCAAGAGGAUUGAUGAGAGGAUCCAGGAGGAGAAGUCCCUGCAGCAGAGUUUGGACCUCCGGGGACAGCCAAUAUUCAACUCCACACACACUUACAGCCUCUAUGUGAACUUCAAGAACUUUGUCUGCAACAUUGGGGAAGAUGCAGAGCUGCUGAUGAGCCUCUAUGACCCUGACCUCUCCAAAUUCAUCAGUGAAAAUUACCUGGUUCGUUGGGGCAGCAAUGGGAUGCCUAAAGAAAUUGAGAAACUGAACAACCUCCAAGCAGUGUUUACUGACUUGAGCAGCUCAGACCUGAUCAGGCCCAGGAUCAGCCUGGUGUGCCAGAUCGUGCGCGUGGGGCACAUGGAGCUGAAGGAUGGCAAGAAGCACACCUGCGGCCUGCGCAGGCCCUUCGGCGUGGCAGUGAUGGACAUCACUGACAUCAUCCAUGGCAAGGUGGACGACGAGGAGAAGCAGCAUUUUAUCCCCUUCCAGCAGAUUGCCAUGGAAACCUACAUCAGGCAGCGGCAGCUGAUCAUGUCCCCCCUGAUCACCUCGCACGUCAUCGGUGAGAACGAGCCCCUCACCUCCGUCUUCAACAAAGUCAUCGCUGCCAAGGAGGUCAACCACAAGGGCCAAGGUCUCUGGGUCUCCCUGAAGUUGCUCCCUGGGGAUCUGGCUCAGGUUCAGAAGGAUUUUUCCCACCUGGUAGACAGAUCCACUGCAGUGGCUCGAAAAAUGGGGUUCCCUGAGAUCAUCCUUCCUGGUGAUGUCAGGAAUGACAUCUACGUCACCCUGAUCCAGGGGGAGUUUGACAAAGGCAAGAAGAAAACCCCCAAGAACGUCGAGGUCACCAUGUCUGUGCAUGAUGAGGAUGGGAACCUGCAGGAGAAAGCCAUCCACCCUGGGGCUGGCUACGAGGGAGUGUCAGAGUACAAGUCUGUGGUUUAUUACCAGGUCAAGCAGCCCUGCUGGUACGAGACUGUCAAGGUGGCCAUUGCCAUAGAAGAAGUCAGUCGCUGCCACCUGAGGUUCACGUUCCGUCACCGCUCGUCCCAGGAGUCCAGGGACAGAUCUGAGAGGGCUUUUGGCAUGGGCUUUGUGAAGCUGAUGAAUGCAGAUGGAACAACACUGCAGGAUGGCAAACACAAUUUGAUUAUUUACAAGGGUGACAACAAGAAAAUGGAAGAUGCCAAGAGUUAUUUGACUCUUCCUUGCACCAAAACAGAGGAGGAGAAGGAGGCUCCCUCAGGGAAAAACCUGCACUCUCUGGCCAACUUCACCCCCACAAAGGACAGCACAAAGGACAGCUUCCAGAUUGCCACUGUCAUCUGCUCCACCAAACUCACCCAGAAUGUUGACCUGCUGGGUUUGCUGAACUGGCGCUCCAACGCCCACAACAUCGCCCACAACCUCAGGAAGCUCAUGGAGGUGGAAGGAGGAGAAAUUGUGAAGUUUUUGCCAGACACCCUCGAUGCACUUUUCAACAUCAUGAUGGAAAUGUCAGAAAAUGAAACCUAUGAUUUCCUGGUGUUUGAUGCCCUGGUGUUUAUUAUUUCUUUGAUUGGAGACAUCAAGUUCCAGCAUUUCAACGCUGUGCUCGAGACUUACAUCUACAAACACUUCAGUGCAACCCUGGCCUAUGUGAAACUCACCAAAGUGCUGAACUGCUACGUGGGGAAUGCUGAGGACUCCAGCAAGACAGAGCUGCUCUUUGCAGCCCUGAAAGCCCUGAAAUACCUGUUCAGGUUCAUCGUGCAGUCCCGGGUGCUGUACCUGAGUGUGUAUGGGAAGAGUGAGGAUGGGAAUGAAUUCAACGAUGCAAUUCGCCAGCUCUUCCUCUCCUUCAACGUCCUCAUGGACCGGCCCCUGGAGGAGGCUGUCAAGAUCAAGGGGGCAGCUUUAAAAUAUUUGCCAAGCAUCAUAAAUGAUGUCAAACUGGUAUUUGACCCCGUUGAGCUCAGUGUCCUCUUCAGCAAGUUCAUCCAGAGCAUCCCUGACAACCAGCUGGUGCGGCAGAAGCUGAACUGCCUGACCAAGAUCGUGGAGAGUGACCUGUUCAAGCAGGCUGAGUGCAGAGAUGCCCUCCUGCCCCUGCUCAUCGAUCAGCUGAGUGGGCAGCUGGAUGACAACUCCAGCAAGCCCGACCGCGAGGCCAGCUCCCAGCUCCUGAGCAGUGUCCUGGAGGUCCUGGACCGCAAAGAUGUGGGUGCCACUGCUCUGCACAUCCAGCAGAUGAUGGAGCGGCUGCUGCGCCGGAUCAACCGCACGGUGAUCGGGAUGAGCCGCCAGAGCCCGCACAUCGGUAUUUUCGUGGCCUGCAUGACAGCCAUCCUGAGGCAGAUGGAUGAUUUCCAUUACAGCCAUUACAUCAACACUUUCAAAACCAGGCAGGACAUCAUUGAUUUCCUGAUGGAAACAUUCAUCAUGUUCAAGGACCUGAUUGGGAAGAACGUGUAUGCAGCUGACUGGAUGGUCAUGAACAUGAUGCAGAGCAGGGUUUUCCUCCGGGCAGUGAACCAAUUCACCUCCGUCCUCAACCGCUUCUUCCUGGAUCAGACCCAUUUUGAGCUCCAGCUCUGGAAUAACUAUUUCCACUUGGCAGUUGCCUUCCUCACUCACGAGUCCCUGCAGCUGGAGACCUUCUCCCAGGCCAAACGCAACAAAAUCAUCAAGAAGUAUGGGGACAUGAGGAAGGAAAUUGGCUUCAAAAUCAGGGAUAUGUGGUAUAACCUGGGUCCCCACAAAAUCAAAUUCAUCCCAGCAAUGGUGGGGCCAAUCCUGGAGGUGACCCUGGUCCCAGAACCUGAGCUGAGGAAAGCAACAAUUCCCAUUUUUUUUGACAUGAUGCAGUGUGAGUUCAACUUCAGUGGGAAUGGGAACUUCCACAUGUUUGAGAACGAGCUGAUCACCAGGCUGGACCAGGAGGUGGAGGGGGGCCGAGGGGAUGAGCAGUACAAGGUCCUGCUGGAGAAACUGCUGCUGGAGCACUGCAGGAAGCACAAGUACCUGGCAGCCCCAGGAGAGGUGUUUGCCCUGCUGGUCAGCAGCCUCCUGGAGAACCUGCUGGACUACAGGACCAUCAUGCACGAUGAGAGCAAGGAGAACCGCAUGAGCUGCACCGUCAACGUGCUGAAUUUCUACAAGGAGAAGAAGCGAGAGGACAUUUACAUCAGGUAUCUGUACAAGCUCAGGGACCUGCACACAGACUGUGAGAACUUCACAGAGGCUGCCUACACCCUGCUCCUGCACGCUGAGCUGCUCCAGUGGUCAGAGAAGCCCUGUGCCCCUCACCUGCUGCAGAGGGACUCCUUCUGUGUGUACUCCCAGCAGGAGCUCAAGGAGAAGCUCUACCAGGAGAUCAUCUCCUUCUUCGACAGGGGCAAGAUGUGGGAAAAAGCCAUUCAGCUGAGCAAGGAGCUGGCUGACAUGUAUGAGAACAAGGUCUUUGACUACGAGGGACUUGGCAAUCUCCUGAAAAAAAGAGCCACUUUUUAUGAGAACAUCAUGAAGGCCAUGAGACCUCAGCCUGAGUACUUUGCUGUUGGCUACUAUGGACAGGGUUUUCCUUCUUUCCUCAGGAACAAGAUUUUCAUCUACCGUGGCAAGGAGUACGAGCGCAGGGAGGAUUUCAACCUGAAGCUGCUGACCCAGUUCCCCAAUGCUGAGAAGAUGACCAGCACAGCCCCUCCAGGAGAGGAGAUCAAGGCUUCCCCCAAACAGUAUGUGCAGUGCUUCAUUGUGAAGCCUGUGAUGAACCUGCCACCUAAUUACAAAGAUAAACCUGUUCCUGAACAGAUCUUAAACUACUACAGAGCCAACGAGGUGCAGCAGUUCACUCACUCCAGACCUGUCAGGAAAGGAGAGAAGGAUCCAGACAACGAGUUUGCUAACAUGUGGAUAGAGAGGACAACCUACACGACAGCUUAUUCCUUUCCAGGCAUCCUCAAGUGGUUUGAGGUCAAACAGGUCACAACGGAGGAGAUCAGCCCCCUGGAGAAUGCCAUAGAGACCAUGGAGCUGACCAAUGAGAGGAUCACCAACGUGGUGCAGCAGCAGGGCUGGGACCGCAGCCUGCCCGUGCACCCCCUGUCCAUGCUGCUCAGUGGCAUCGUGGACCCCGCGGUCAUGGGGGGCUACACCAACUAUGAGAAGGCCUUCUUCACAGAGAAAUAUCUCCAAGAACAUCCUGAAGAUCAAGACAAAAUUGAGCUGCUCAAGCAACAAAUUGCGAUACAGAUGCCUCUCCUGGCAGAGGGGAUCCGGAUCCACGGCGAGAAGCUGACGGAGCAGCUGAAGCCGCUGCACGAGAGGCUCACAGCCUGCUUCAGGGAGCUCAGGAGGAAGGUGGAGAAGCAGUACGGGGUCAUAACUCUGCCCCCGGUGCUGACGGACAGGAAGCCGAGCCGCUCGGGCUCCAUGGUGCUGCCCUACAUCAUGUCCUCCACCCUCAGGAGGCUCUCGGUCACCUCCGUGGCCUCCUCUGUGGCCUCCACCUCGUCCACCUCGUCCGACAGCGCUUCCUCCAGGCCGGGCUCCGACGGAUCUACCCUGGAGCCUCUCCUGGAGAGGAGAAUAUCCACAUCUUCCAGAGCUGAGGAGCUGCCUGUGAAAGAAGAUGGUGACAACAGGAUUAGCAAACUCAAGAGGAAGGAGUGGAGCAUUAGCAAGUCUCAGGUUAUUGUGGAGAAGGAGCCAGAAACAGAAGUCACUUCCAAAAUGGGCCCAGCAGGGAGGGCCCAGAGGCCCAAGAGUCUGCAGCUGGGGGACACCAGGCUGACCCUGCUGCAGGGACCCUCGAUGCAGCAACCCACCCAGAGCCCUCCCCCCAUCACCCCCAAAACCCCCCGGACCCUGAGCUCCCCCUCGUUGCAGGCUGAUGGAUUGGCCACACCACCCCCCCCUCCCCCCAAAAGCAAACCCUACGAGAGCAGCACCCCCAGGAACUCUGUGGAGGUUGCUCCAGCGCUGCCCAGCAGGCGAGAGGCCAAACCUCCCCCUCCACCCCCCAAAACCAGGAAAUCCAGCGUGGUGUCCUCGGAGCAGGGGCUGCCCUGA